AUGUCAACAGUUUCAGUAGCAAUCAUUUUAAAAAGAGCGAGUAAAGUUUAUCAUGAGGGUGAGACUAUCGCGGGAGUGGUAGUAGUGGAAAGUAACAGUGAUGUGAGACAUGAAGGUUUGUCUCUCACCAUGGAGGGGUCUGUCAAUCUACAGCUCAGCACAAAAAAUGUGGGCAUCUUUGAGGCAUUCUCUAACUCUAUCAAGCCUAUAAACCUUAUCAACACAUGCAUUGAGCUGGUGCCACCGGGCAAGAUCCCGUAGGAGUGACAGAGAUUCCAUUUGAGAUGCCACUGCGCGCACGCCAGGCUGUGUCGCCCGGGUACCCAGGCUUGUUGGAAACAUACCAUGGAGUGUUUGUGAAUAUUAUGUACACACUCAAAUGUAACAUGAAGAGAUCAUUUCUGAACAAGCCAGUGAAUGCUAGUUGCCAGUUUUUCGUGCAAUACAGACAGCAAGAUCCGGCGCCGAUGAAGCCGGUUCGGUGUGAGAUCACUCCGGCCAGUAUCCGCGCGGCCGGGGGCGGCUCGCGGCCCAUGCCUCACUUCCAGGUCUACGCAGAGAUACAUUCCACCGUCUGCGCACUCGACAGCCCGCUCACUGGCAAGAUCCGAGUGGACGAGUGCUCGGUGCCGAUCCGGUCGAUAGAGCUGCAGCUGGUGCGCGUCGAGACCUGCGGCUGUGCUGAGGGAUACUCUAAGGAUGCGACGGAGAUCCAGAACAUCCAGAUCGGCGAGGGCGACGUGUGCCGCGCGCGCGACGUGCCGCUGUACAUGGUGCUGCCGCGCCUGUUCACGUGCCCCACCACCACCACGCCGCACUUCAAGAUCGAAUUCGAGCUGAAUAUUGCUGUUAUUUUUGACGACGAUUAUUUGGUAACGGAAAAUUUUCCAAUAUUGUUAUUAAGGAGUAAAUAG